GACGAAGUCGCGGUUUUUCUUGGCUUGUGUUGCGGUUCGCGUGUUUUGCGAGGAACGAGCCGUUGUGUCACGACGUUUCACGAGUGUGAAUCAUCGGUGAACCCUGCGUCCGCAGAAACAAGACAGCUCUUGAAGGAACAGUAUAAAGCGGCUUCAUAGUGACACUGGGCGGUGUCAGGUUAGGUUUCGAGGCAAGGUGAACGGAAAAGAAAAACCGCGAAGCUGGCUGGACUAACGGGCUGCGUCUCGACGAUGGUCGACGACGAAGAGCAGCAGGAGCUACGUUGCACAGGCAGUGACGUCGAGAUCGAGGAGUACACGGACACCGAGGAGUCGCCAUAUGUCACUUAUCAGGCUGGCGAUAAGCUGUUCGACACGGACAGAGCGGCCUGGCAAAAAUUCAGCUUCGUCGCUACUCUUCUCACCGUGAUCGUCUCGAUCACGUUUCUGAUUAUCACCUACCCUCUUUAUCAGGGGAGCGUUAGCAACGUUUCCAACGCUUACACAGGUCUCCUCUUCACUGCUUUCACCUCCACUAUCAUCCUCGGGCUGAUAUGGUUCGUAGCUGGGAGAAUAUCACCACCGCCGCCUCUGAUACCAAACAGCAUGAGAAUUAAGAUCCCGCGAUGCGAUCUGUUUAAGAUUAGCGCGAUUUACGCCCUCUCUGGCAUAGUGAUCACUCUUUGUCUGGAUAGAGACAGGGUUCCUUGUCAUCUUCAGGACCCCAUCAAAGGGAUCACUCUAGUCUUCUCCUUGGUUUACUACUUCUUCUUCUGUCGCAAGAUGAUGAGCUUGCAGAGGAUCUUCACCACCACUACCAUAAUUGGCGGUCUCUUCUUCACCGUCGACUAUGGCCUCUGCGACGAGUUCAGGUGUAGGGGAAGAGAGGUCUCUAGCCACACGACGUCUACCAGAGCCUCCUGGGGCAUCAAGGCGAUUUGGACCUUCGUCUACGUGGGCGCAUUGGCUGCUUUUGCUAUGUUCUUCACCUUGUUGGAGGGCUACUAUAUUACCGAGCAACAGAACAUGUGUCAGAUAGUGGCUAGCCAGCAGAACUCGUUCUUGUACACUGUGUCGAGACUGGUGUCCUCCAGGGACAUACGUAGACGAGGAUCCGAGGAAGAGGGUGGCCGGCUGCUCCACGUGACCGACCCUGACCCCACAGUCAAGCCAAAGCACAUCCCGAAACCACCAAUUCUGGAAACACUGUUCUACAUCCAUCUGAUAGCCUUCUUCGCCAUUCUGUCUAUGUGUUGGAUAGACACUGUGCCUGGAAUAGGCAGGGGUCUAUCCCCGAUGGAACUGUAUCGUACGGUAGAACACGGACUCACCUGCCACUUCAAGAACCUAGACAGCUGCUCAAACAUCUCCACCCACGGUUGGAUUUUCCUGAUUUCGUACAUAGUCUUCUCCGUCUCGAUACUGAACUUCCUGUCCAUGUCAGAGAGUGCAGUGUUUACUGUGGCUGCAACCACAGCCUCUCUGCCCUUGUCAGGCAUCUGGUGGAGCAUCUACAAGAUGGAUAUCCAUGGUGGAUUCAUCAUAUGGUCGCCUGAAGUGACAGGGGAGCUGAUCUGUGCAGUUUGCGGUCUUCCUGUUGUCUUGGGGGCUCUGGCUCUGCUUGUUAGGUUCCACUUUAGGGACACACAGCCCACGUACUUAACUAUGCAGCCACCGGACGAACAGUGCGAGCCCUCUCAGAGAUGAACCAGCCAACAGGAAUAAUUCAUAGGUGUCCACGAGAGGAUCCCCUCCAUCUUGGAAAUCUCACAAGUAACCCUGAAGUGUGACUAGAUCUAACCUAACCGUUUUAGAUAAAUUCAUUGAAGUGUUGCACAAUAAGAGGGGAACGCAAGACCGUCGAUGUUUUAUAGCAAUUGAUAUAAGAUGUGUACAGAGACGACUCUGGGAUCGAUUUCUACCACCGGGUGAUCUCAUUAAUCUCCCACUCUGACCUAGAUGUGAUCGUCUUUUUGCUCAGUGUCCUCUCUGGACACGCGGGUAAAAAACUUUCCCGUACAGUUGUGAUAGAGUUUAGCAGUGGAGGAGGGGGGGUAAUAUCGAUUAUCUUGUGCACACAUACGCAACACAGACAUGUGGACAAAAAAGAAAGAAAAGAAGAGGAGAAGGAAGGAGAGAGAAGCGAUCGAUGUUUCCUAUGUAUUUGCCAGCGCGAGCAAUUUGUCUAGCCACACAAAACGUUAUUGCCAAUUUAUAUUUUAUUUUAUAUAUAUACACAAACGAGAUGUUUCAUAUUUUUCGUGUGAAGAAAAAACAAAAAAAAAAGAAGCGAAACUAGUACAACAUGAGAGAGAAAAUAUUCGUGUGAGUGUGAAUGUGAGUAUAGUUCAGAGAGAGAAAGAAGAAAAAAAACGGCAAAACUGCGAAAAAUAUUUUGUAAAGUCAAUCAAGAACGGCAACCAAAGACAGAAGAAACAAUAAUGGUACCGGCAGCCUUUGGUCGCCCUGUUCGCGAAUAUGUAUUUCGCGAAGCGUCGUUGUUUGCAAUACGACGGUUCUAUCGAAGAUUCUGUGAUUCAACCUCGGUGCACGUGUAAGAAUCUAGUUAAGCGCAAUACAUUUGUCAAAAAUGAUAAGAAGAAACAAAAAAAAGAAAAAAUACAAAACGACGGAUUUUUCAGUAUUACAAAUAGAGUAUAAGCGUGAAUGCGUAACCGUGUAUGUUUGUCGAAGCGCAAUUUUACAUGAGCAAGAUGGCGCACGAAAAGAAAACUCGAUCUAGUCAAAAGAGAAAAUUCGCUUGGGACGAUCCCUCUUUUAUACUUGUACGAAUUUUUUUAUUCGUAGAAAAAGAAAAUCAAUGACAUUUUCCGAUUAUUUACCGCGAUUUUUAGCGUCUAUUGGCGAAUACUUUUCUGCACUGAAUUUGCUCCGUAUAGAGUGUCUCUAAAAUAACGAACCAAGAUUGACUCUCCGACCAUGAAAAAUAUUCUAAAUUGUGAAAUAUCGAUUUCUAUGGGCAGUUACACCAUGGAAAUUGGACGAAAUACUUUACAUACGCUUUCCAGCGGGUAGGCACAAGUACUUAACCAACAAAACUUAGUUUAAUCUAGCCUUUUAGGGGAAUCUUACUUAUUCUAAGUUAGAAUCCGAUAUGGUAGACUCUAUUACUGUCAUUCCAGCUCCUCCUUCUCCCCGGACUGACACUCAAAGUCCCCAAGAGAAAACAAAAAACAAAAAAUAUUGUCGCGUGAAAUCAAAAUUUCGAGAAGUUGUAAAAUUCGUGCCAAAAAGAAAACUCAGAACAAAAAGCAACAGAUUCGAGUCCAGGACUCGUGCAAACGAUUAUUAUAUAGUUACUUAAAUACUUAUUUAGACACGUAUUAUACAUAGCGUCAUGUACACAUACAAAAGUAUCGUGAGUUAAGUGUAGUUUGUUGUUGGCGGAUGUCGAGACAGUAGAAAAAUAAGAGUAUGAAGUAUCGUUGUUGGUAAAAAAAAAAAAAAAAAAAAAAAAAAAUGAAAAUACGUCAAUCAUGUUCUCUUACAGAAGCUAUAUAUACGUCCACGACUUUUUUUACACCGGUAAUAAGCGUUCCAAAACGUAAUUAUACCAGGA